GCCGCUGCGUCGUCGUCGUCACCUCCGCCCUUCUCUUCCGCACAGGAAGCGGGAUUGCUAACCUGCUAGCUGUCAACAAUUCCGAGUACUCUGCAGGAGAAUUCAUGAGGUAGUUUCAGUGAAGGUCGACAAAGCUGCCAUUCAUUCCGCCGUCAGCUGAGAAUCAAACAUGGCGACCACUGCUCAGCUGUUCGAGGAACCUUUUGAUGCGGAUGAAUACAUAGAACGCUUGGCAUGGAGGACACCUGGAGGAGGCUCCAAGGGAGGAGCUGAAGCCUUCGACCCCAAACGGUUGUUGGAGGAGUUCGAGAACCACAUCGAGGAACUGAAGCAGCUUGACGAGAAGAUCCAGCGACGGGUGGAGAAGCUGGAACAUCAGUGUCAUCGGGAGGCCAAAGAGUUUGCACACAAGGUUCAGGAUCUGCAGAGAAGCAACCAGGUGGCCUUCCAGCACUUCCAGGAGCUGGACGAUCAUAUCAGUUAUGUGGCCACGAAGGUCUGCCACCUCGGCGACCAGCUCGAGGGCGUCAACACUCCUCGCCAGCGGGCUGUCGAAGCUCAGCGUCUGAUGACCUACUUCAACGAGUUCCUGGACGGAGACCUACGCAGCGACGUCUUCAACGACCCCAGCAAGAUUAAAGAGGCAGCUGAUAUCAUUCAGAAGCUGCACCUCAUUGCUCAGGAGCUGCCGUUCGACAGAUUUGCAGAUGUUAAAGCCAAAAUUGCCAGCAAGUACCACGAUCUGGAGCGGCAGUUGAUCCAGGAGUUCACCGCCGCUCAGCGCAAUGGUGAGAUUGGACGUAUGCGUGAGGUGGCGGCAGUUCUGCUACAUUUCAAGGGCUACGCUCACUGUGUGGACGUCUACAUCAAACAGUGUCAGGAGGGGGCUUACAUGAGGAACGAUGUGUUCGAGGACACUGCAGGCCUCUGCCAGAGGGUCAACAAACAAGUGGGCGAGGUCUUCAGCAGCCCAGAAACGGUCAUGGCCAAGCUGAUCCAAAACAUCUUUGAAAAUAAACUGCAGGCUCACGUGAAGGAGAAACUGGAUGGGACGCGACACUCAGAUGUGGAGCAGUACCUGAAGAAUCUCUACGAGCUUUAUAGCAGGACGACGGCGCUAGCUACGAAGCUGUCGGAGUUCAACCUGGGCUCAGAUAAGCACACCUUCCUGUCCAAGCUCAUCAAGAGCAUCUUCUCCUGCUACCUGGAGAGCUACAUCGACAUGGAGAAGGACUACCUCCGCACCCGUGGUGCCACCAUCCUGCAGCGCUACUACGAUUCCAAGAACCACCAAAAACGUCCCAUUGGCACCGGCAGCAUCCAGGAGCUGAAGGAGCGGAUCAGGCAGCGCACUAAUCUCCCUCUGGGCCCAAGCAUCGACACUCAUGGAGAGACCUUCUUGUCUCCAGAACUGGUGGUCAACCUGUUGCAGGAGACGAGACACGCCUUCGAGCGAUGUCACAGGCUCUCAGACCCCUCCGACCUUCCCAAAAACGCAUUCUCCAUUUUCCUGCUGCUGGUGGAGCAUCUCUGUGUGGACCACAUUGACUACGCACUGGAGAUCGGACUCUCGGCAAUCCCGUCACCUGAUGCCAAAAACGCCAACCUGUACUUCCUGGACGUGGUGCAGCAGGCCAACUCCAUCUUUCACUUGUUUGACAAGCAGUUCAAUGACCAACUCAUGCCCCUCAUCAGCUCCUCCCCAAAGCUGGCAGAGUGUUUGCACAAGAAGAAGGAAGUGAUCGAGCAGAUGGAGGUGAAACUGGACACAGGGAUUGACAGAACACUGAACUGCAUGAUGGGGCAGAUGAAGCACAUCCUGGCCACAGAGCAGAGGAAGACGGAUUUCAAGCCAGAAGACGAGAACAACGUCAUGAUCCAGUACACUACGGCGUGCUCCAAAGUCUGCGCCUACGUCAGUCGACAGGUGGAGCACGUGCGAAAGUCCAUGGACGGCAAGAACGUGGACACCGUGCUGACAGAGCUCGGUGUCCGCUUCCACCGCCUCAUCCACGAGCACCUGCAGCAGUUCAGCUACAGCUCCAUGGGAGGGAUGCUGGCCAUCUGUGACGUGGCCGAGUACCGGCGCUGCGCUAAGGACUUCAGGGUGCCUCUGGUGCUGCAGCUCUUCGACACACUCCACGCCCUCUGCAACCUCCUGGUGGUGGCACCUGACAACCUGAAGCAGGUCUGCUCCGGAGAGCAGCUCACCAACCUGGACCGGAACCUUCUGCACGCCUUCGUCCAGCUCCGGGUGGACUACCGCUCAGCCAGACUGGGUCGUCACUUCAGCUAAUGACAGGAGUUUUGACCCCUCCCACCUUCCGUCCAGUGAAACAGCACAGAGAGCGCGACGCCAUCCUCUGCCACUUCAAACUAUCAAUCUGUUUUGAAUCUGUAAUCUACAUUUCUCAGAUCAGUAAGUGCUGCUUCAGAUGGUGCCAAAUAUUAAAACUCUCGCUGCUGGAAGGAGAGUCAAGCUGCCCACUUGAAACCCCCCCGCACUCCCCUCCCGCUUCAGUUGAAAUGAACUGGACCCGACAGUGAUGGUCCUGCCAAGCGUGAGACCAAGUCCUGUCUGGGUCACAGAGACUCAUGACUGCUCCUCUGACCUCUCCCUGUAGAGCUGAGGUCAGAGGUGGAGCGAUCCUCACCCUUCACAGCUCUUGAGGUCUGGGUGGUCCGGCCCAGGCGCCCGGCGUGAUGGACCGGUCGGUGAGUACACCUCACUGUAAUUGCACACAUCAACACUUCCCCUCGCGGCCUCCGUCAGUGAGGGAACUGAACUUCUCACAGGGCUCAGAUGAGUCGCCUUCAACUGCACUGAGUAAAGAAGCAGAUGCCUAAAUGUCAAAGCUGCUCCAAAUGUUCUGCUGUUGAUCUUCACUCAUUAAAGAGAUGUUGAAUUUCAUUGUUUUCUCUCUGAUCAAUGUCCUCGAUAGAGACAGGAAAGACAGCAGGACUCAAGUCGGGGGAAAGGUGAACCAGGUCUGCAGUUCAACUCAGGUACUUCUACCAUGCCACUUAGUAACGUUCUGAUCCAUGGUGUCUUCUGUCUGGAGUAGAAAUCAGCUGCGACUGGACUCCAUGUAUGAGUGAGAUUACCCAUAAAGAACCUACAGGACAGCCUGAUUCAAACCUCUCUGAAGGUCAGAAGAGAAAAGUGAUGGAUUCCUACAGUGAAUUUAACGUAUGUCCUUCCUACUUCAGUCAGUUUAAACUGAUUCAGUUGCUACAAAAAACACAUCAGGAGAGAUUUGUUCACACAUAUUGAGGAAGCACGACCAGGAUGGUGUCUGCGUUUGAGUAGGAAUGACCUUGUCAUGCGUGUUAGUAAGAAUAGUGUUCCAUCUCUGUCUGUUUUCAUAAGUUUUCAGUCAAAUCUGGCCUGGGAGUUUGACCUCCUCACAGUGAGUACAAAACACCCUGAUAAACUUGUCACUCAUUUGUCUGUGAUGUAAGGUCAGAGGUACCAAGUCGGCCGUGCCUUUGACCUCCACAGUCUGCCUCUGGAAACACCCUGAAUCUAGUGACAGCACCUUCAAAGAAACUUUGUCCUGCUCGCGCUGUGAAUGUCACUUGAGAUGAAACAAGUCAUCAAGUAUUCAUGGGAAUUCUUGCCACCAGAGCAAAGUUCCUUCCUCGACUUGGAGCCGACGGGGGAUUAGAUUUCUACCAGUUGAUGAAUUGUGUGCGGUGGCCACAGAGCGGGGCGAGAUAGAGACGCCCGAGAGCUCAGUUCCGGCUCCGGCUGGUUAGCGCUGUGUAGAAGGUACACACGCUGCCGCCGAGAUCAAACAACAUAAUUAAUUAGGCUAAUAUUAAUAUUAUCAAAUGCCACAUAAAUUCAAUUCUCGCAGCCCUAAUCACAACUGGAUAGCUUGUAAAAAUUAUUUUGUUAGGCUCGGGUGCAAACACUGCUUCUUUUCCAAACAUUUGACAACUAUUUGUUUUCCUGGCGAUUACUGUGGAAGAGGCAGGGGGGAGCGACGCCGGGCCAGCGACGAUAACUGCUGUGUAGAUGGAACCAGCGGCUGCGUCUGGCCCCAGGGACUCCUGACGCGGAUGCGUGCGAGAGGGUGGAGGGUGUUUUUCUGGGGAUGCUGUUUGAGCAGGUGGAGAGGAUUAGUGAGACUGUCAACACUGGAGCGCUGGAUAAGACUGUCCUCUCUCUAGCGUCAGUUUAAGCAGCUACUGCAUCCACAUUCAGACACAUGAAGACUCGUGGCUGCAGAGGUGUCAGGGCGGAUCUUCUCGUGGUUCAUUUACGGCCCUCUUGUAUCCACACUUGACCUUGCCUUGGCCGCUCUGGGGCCUCUUGGACUCUGCUUUAUGAAGUCAUCAUUCCAAGGACAAAAGGAGACAAUGACAAGGACCGAUUCUCAUGUGACUUCUACUGGAGGAGUGAAGGAUUUGCCAUUCAAUGUGGCUUCAGAAACUGUUGAAGCCAAGUCAGAAUCCAGACUAUUAGCGUGUA